AAAAAGGAGAACCAAAAGCACCAACAGAUGAAGCAAGACAUCACAACCCUUCUCUGGGGUCCACGCCACUUGGGCCUCUUUUCACUCCGACUCGGUCGAUGUGCAGGAGGCAUGCAUGACCGGCUGACAGAGCAAAUGCAGAGCUCAACACAGGACGACCGCGGUGUCGAGCCUCGGUCGGUGCCGUUGAAAGAGAAGCUCUUGAACCAGGUGAGGCAGCGCCGGGACUCAAAGCUGGGCGAGUUGACCGCGCCGGUCGUGCCGGGAGGGACGGAGCCACGGCCGCCGCUGAAGUUGCCCAUCGACCGUCUUCAGGCUGCCCCAACGGCACCAGUGCUGGCGCUGGAUGUCUCGGCGCCCGCGGUGCCUUCCGUCGACGUCGCUGCACCGCUGCCGACAGGUCUUCCUGUGGUGUCUUCCGGUCCGGGGUGGAGCGAGGAAGACGAACGACAGCAGCAAGAGGCCAUCCGUACGAUCCAGAUGCUGCGGCGGCGACAAAGCCAGGAGCCCAGUGAUGGCAGAAUGAAGGACCACUUGGAAGCGCACGUGUCCGCAGAGCGCAGCCGCAAGGAAGCAGCGCAGCAACAGGCCAGGGAUCCGUCCGGAUCCUGGCAGCUUCCCAAGGUGUUGUGCCUCGAGUACGAGCUAGAUGGGAAAGAGGCUGCACUGCAGAUGGCCGAGAAGCACUUGGACCAACGGGACGCCGAACUGCUGGAGGUGAAACAGCAACUGGAGCUGCUUCGGGCUGGAGACGCGGCGGCGGAGGACGCCGCGCGGAUCCGCAGCUUGAGGAACGAACUGGACGAGAAAGAGCGACAACUGGAGUUGAAGGAAAAUCACAUCCAGCAGCUUCUGGCCAGUUUGCAGCAGCAUGGCAACAGCUUGGUGGGCGAAGGAGCACGGCUCGGCGCCACCGUGUCCCCGACCCAUCACUUUCGAUGAGCCGCUUUCGACUGUCGAGCCACCGGGCGACUGGUGUGGCCAAAUGGUCAUGGAGAAGGAACGAAGAUGGAGAACAG